CGUCCAAAAACGAAGAACCAGGGGGUUUUGGUGUCAAAGGACAGGAAGUUAGACGGUUUUACCCCUUCUUGUCCAUCGUAGUACGCUUGAAUUAUUGUAUUCUCAUUUUCACACACUACCGAGGGGGGUUUAGGUCUGUUAUGCAGGACUGGUGUCUUGUUCCGCCGCCUCUCUGCUCCCUCUCCCCGUCUGCUCUGGCCCUAUGUCUCGGUGGCUCUUCCCCUGGUCGGGCUCGAUAAAGAAACGGGCCUGUCGGUACCUCCUGCAACACUACCUGGGCCACUUCUUGGAGGAAAGACUCAGUUUGGACCAGCUGAGCUUGGACCUGUAUAAUGGCAGCGGGGUCAUUAGAGAAAUUAACCUGGAUGUGUGGGCAGUGAACGAGUUGUUGGAGUCACUGGGAGCACCGCUGGAGAUUGUUGAAGGUUUUGUGAACAGCAUCACAGUGACUAUUCCCUGGGCGGCACUUGUAACAGAGCACUGCACCCUUGAAAUCACUGGAUUGCAAAUAACAUGCAGACCCAAAUACAGAACCAAUGGAAAUUGGGAUUCCCAAGGGUGGUCGUCAUGCAUGACGUCCAGCAUGCAGCUGGCCCAGGAGUGCCUGAAGGACCCACCCGAGGCGUCAGAAGAGCCGCCUGCUCCACUGGAGGGGCUGGAAAUGUUUGCACAGACCAUCGAGACAGUCCUACGUCGAAUAAAAGUCACCUUUCUGGACACCAUCGUGCGAGUAGAACAUCAUUCCCUGGACGCUGAGACUGGGGUUGCCUUAGAGAUGCGCAUUAAACGGGUGGACUAUUGUGAUGAGGCUGUGAGAGACUCAAGCCAGACAGUGCCUGUAGACAUCCACCAACCACCAGCCUUCCUGCACAAGAUCCUACAGCUCAACUCCGUACAGCUCCUCUAUGAGACUCUCGGAGGUUCACAGGGUCUGGUUUAUUCUGAUGACAUGGCCAGCAGCAGGGAGACGGAUAAGACGGAUGAAAAUGAUGAUGAUGAUGCAUCUGAUGCCCCUCAAUCAUUGCAUCCCACCCCGAAGCCCCCAGAGCCUCUGCUGAUUGGACAAUGCUCCGGAUUCAUAGAGACAACGGUCAAAAUCAAACAGAAUGAAAUGCUGCCUGGGCCCAAGUUGGAGUUGGAUGGUAAAGUAGGGUGUCUCCACCUGCUGCUGUCCCCCAGUCAGAUCACACACCUGACGGACCUCCUGUCCUCCCUCUGCAUCGAGACAUCAGAGGGCAGUGGUGGUGUUGGUGUGUCCGGUGGGGGUGUUUCUAGGCCUCUGGGUUCUGAUGAUCUGCGAUUGAUUGAAGAGGAUCUUAGUAAGCAGCUGAACUCAGAAAUGUAUGACAGAGAUAUGGAGCUGGAUGCAGAGCCCUAUGUCAACAGCAUGGAGAACAGAGAGAUGUUUUAUUCGAUGGGUCCUGGUAUGACCAGCAGUGUGUUGUCAACACGCUCUGGGAGUGAGUUAUCUGACAGCGAUAUGGAAUCUUCCAUUCAUAGCCAGAGCAGCCUGGCUCAAACAAACCCUCUGUCUCCACAGGGAAUGCUCAACUGUCCUCGUCGUUAUCCUGUACCAGGAUCCUUAUCUAGUUUGCCUCAAUGUAGCAGACCUCCCAAACGGUCGUCUCGUAGCAGUCAAUCAGAGCCGCUGAAACCAGACUCCUUGCUCCGCCUCUCUCUGGGCGGGGUCACACUUACUCUUUUAGAGCAGGACCCGCCUCCUGGGCCAGAUGGGCUCUCCUCGUUGGCUGAGGUGUCACAGUUGUUUUUCCAUGAGCUUGCGUUCUUUAAGGAUGGCAUGUUUAGUGAGAGAGACUUCCACAAUCUGAGAGGAAGCUUUGCUAAAGCAUGUCCCCAUUCCCACAUCAGGAUGACCGGUGCAGCAGUGCAGCUGACAUGUGAGAUGCGUGGCGCAGGGCGGCACACCCGAGCCACGACCUCUGACCUCUCCUUCAGCAGGCUGGAACUGCUGGAGUGCCUGUGGGAGUCAGGCGGUCCACAGUACACAGAGCUUUUGCAGUUCCAGUCAGCCGGUCUCUUCACCAUGGGCACCACUGCCAGACCCUGUGCCCAGUUCCACCACAGUCUCUCUGAGAAGCACAUGCGUAAGAGGGGAAGCAGGCGUCGUGUGAUACGCAGGGACAGCUCUCUGCGGAUUGAGCUCGGGGAGCUCAACUCUGAGUUGGACCUGGACAUUAUAAGCCGACUGGAGGACAUCCUGCAAGCCCUGAGGCACUGUCCAGCGCCGCCUCAAAGAAACACUGCACAGGCUGCAGAGUCUCAUUUGUUGGAGCUCCAUUCUUCUCUCCUGCUUCAAUCUCCUUAUGCCGUGGUGAAGGUCCGUUUCCCCAUCCCUGACCUUCGACCCCCGGGGCUGAGGCGGCCCCUGAGCCAGCGUGCAGUGCGCAGUGAGAUCUUGAGCCUGCAGAUCUCUAAUCUGGAGCUGAAGUCUCAGCAGGGGCCAGACAUUCAGCAGGACGGCCCCUGCAGCCCAGGGGCCAAACUCACCAAACUACUGGAGGCCUGUUUCACUGAUAUGCACGGAGUGUAUGAGGGCUGGGAGGGAGAGGCAUUUCCCUGUAUCCGUGUGCAAAAGAGUGCAGAUCCUGAUGGCAUUCCCAGGAUUCAGGUGCGAGUGAAUGAAGGAGCAGGCUCUGACUGUACGGGUGUUUGUGAAGGGGUGAACAGGGAUCUGGGGCUGGGCUCCAUGUCUCUAGAGAACCCCUGUGAACUUCGAGAGAAGAACAGCUCUCCUUUCUCCUCCAACCGCACUAUGUUUGAGACCGAAGAGAUGGUGAUCCCAGCAGACCCAGAGGAGAUGGAUGAGUUUCAGACUCAGUGUAUAUGUCAGUGUCAGUAUGUGGUUGAUAUCACGUUUCCUGUAGCCUACAUUCUCCUGCCCAGUAAAGAGGCUUUUCUGAGCAUCUAUAACAGGAUUAAUAAUGAUCUGUUGAUGUGGGAAUCUCCUCCACCUCCUCCGUCCCCUCCUCCUGCUCCUCCUCCUUCUUUUCAAAGUUCUCGUAGUCCCUCCCACCAGCACAGACCUGAGGAGAAUGAAUUUUACCUCUGUAAAUCUGCCUUCAGGCUGGAAUCUGACUCUGAGGAGGAGGAGCCUCAGUUCUUCUCAGCCAAGCAAUCAAAAAGAAGGAAACCGUUAGAGCCUCAGUCCAGCCACGCCCUCAGUCUGCUCUGUUUAACGGUGCUGAUUGGCAAAGGUCGCCUCCAAGCCAUGACAGACUGCAAGAAUGAAGCUGGACGUAAAAUGGACUUCUGUCAUGGAGAACUCGUUUUGGACUUGGAAGGAGGGAAGAUUUUUAGUGUGUCGCAACACCAGAACAAUCCCAAUCUCAACUUCCUGACCAUAGAAAGCAGAAGAGUAGAGCUGUACCAUAAAGCCGAGGUCCCAGACUCUCCAAUUCCUGUGAAACUGGAAAUGCCCAGGUUCACUUCCCCAGGUCAUCUGGACCCUACCAUUUACCCCACAGAGGUGGGGGUGAGCAGUGUUGGUGGCCGAGAAACCGACGUUCAGAUGCUGUCGACUGCCAUCAAGAUCACAUUAGAUCUUGAGAGGAAUGUGAAGGAGUUUCUGGUCGCGCUGCGACUCCAUGGUGCUACUUUACGACAUCACAUGGCGUUGACCAAUCAUAGCUGGCAUGAGCAGAUUGUUGAUUUCCUUGAUGUCAUUGAUGACGACAUUUUAGGCUACACUCCACCUGCCGUCAUCACAGUUCUUCACACUCACCUGGCCACCUGUGCAGUGGACUACAGGCCGCUUUAUCUUCCUCUGCGAGUUUUGUUUACAGCUGAGUCCUUUUCUUUAUCCAGCAAUAUAUUUGUAGUCCACAAAGAGGGCCCUGACAUUGGUAUCGGGGGCUUCAAGACACAGAGCCACAGCAUCAUCAACCGACCUGUUAGCCUUAUAGACGAAUUGCUGUCAGAAAGUCCUGCCUCCCUUCCGCCCUGCCCACCAGCAGAGACAGCAGAGAUUAACCAAUGUGACCUCACAGAUGCCUUGAUUGACACAGAGAGAAUCCUACAGGAAGAGACCCAAGAUUCUGGUUCUCCCUCCAUCCGUCGAGCCUCACCUGUCUCAGUCUAUCUGUUCCCGGGAGAAGCCCCCAAGCUCCGCCCCUCUGUUCUAGAAGAGGAGGAGUCUGAUAUUGAUGGACUGGUCAGCACAGCUAUGGAAGCUCAUGCAGAUAUGAUGUCAGAGGAAGGAUCAGAGGGUUCCACCGACAACGACGACUUCUGCAUCCUAGAGGCUCCUGGGAUGGGCAUCCCACCUAGAGAUGGUGAGCCUGUGUCUUCUGAUCUUCUGCUCCCAGUGAGGACGGACGUUCCUCAGAAGGCUUCAGACGACACAGAUCCUGGCUCCGGAUUGGGCCAUGAUCUCAGUGCUUCUGUAGAAACAACCUAUAGUGAGCAGAGUUCCUCCUCCGCUGGCUCCUCGUCCUCCUCUGACCAGCCCAUCUACUUCAGAGAGUUUCGUUUUACGUCUGAAGUUCCCAUCUGGCUGGACUAUCACGGGAAGCACGUGGUAAUUGAGCAGGGAACGUUUGCAGGCAUCCUGAUUGGACUGGCCCAGCUGAACUGCUCUGAACUAAAGCUGAAGAGAUUGUGCUGUAGACAUGGGCUGCUGGGUGUUGAUAAGGUGAUUCAGUAUGCUGUGAAUGAGUGGCUUACAGACAUCAGGAAGAACCAGCUGCCAGGAAUUCUGGGAGGUGUUGGUCCUAUGCAUUCUGUCGUACAACUCAUCCAUGGUGUGCGUGAUUUGUUCUGGAUGCCGAUAGAGCAGUACCGGAAGGAUGGGCGUAUUAUCCGAGGCCUCCAGAGGGGGGCGGCAUCGUUUGGCACCUCUACAGCCUCAGCUGCCUUAGAGCUCAGCAACAGACUAGUGCAGGCAAUUCAGGCCACUGCGGAGACAGUGUAUGACAUCUUAUCUCCGACUCCACCUCUGACACGUUACAUCACUGAUGGACGUCCCACUCCCCGUCCCAGACGCACCCCUCAACCAGCUGAUCUCAGAGAGGGAGUGGCCAAGGCCUAUGAUACCGUCAGAGAGGGAGUGAUUGACACCGCUCAGACGCUGUGUGAUGUUGCGUCUCGUGGACACGAGCAGAAAGGUCUUCCUGGAGCGGUGGGCGGAGUUUUGCGCCAGAUCCCACCCACCGUGGUCCGUCCACUUAUAGUUGCCUCAGAGGCCACUUCAAACCUAUUGGGAGGAAUGCGGAACCAAAUUAAACCAGAUGCGCGGAAAGAGGACUUCUUAAAAUGGCGCACCGAAGAUGGCCAAGAAUGAGAUUGACUGGCGUUAAUGAAGUCUAAUUUUUGUUAUAUGAAUGUGAGAAGUGUGAAUGCGAGUUCAUCUGUGAGUAUCAAUGCAAAAACAAAGGACAAAAAAAAAGGAAACUGAACCAUUUUUACGUGGCUUCCACAUAGUUGCACACAUUGUUUCAUGCAAUGCAAAUGUUUUGGUCUUGCACUUUGCUAGAAGCGGAGCGCUCUAGACAGCCAAGUGCAGCUCAGUCUCAUCUUGUAUUGAAACGUAUGCAAUCAUAUCUGUCUAUAACUCUGUUUACCUGUGAGCUCAAGACCAGAUGUUUCUUUCGCCUCUCCGAAACACUAAUUUAACAUCUGAUUGAAUAGCUAUUCUCCCUCUGAAGUAUUUCAAACUUAAUGUUGAACUUAAUUACUGAUCUAGGUAAGGUGAAACACUCAAUAAAUGCAUUGAGGUGGCCUUACCAUACUUUUCAUUUAACACUAGGAAUGUGAUUCUUUGUCCUCUCUAUCCUGAUGUCUUUGUGCCAUAAUUCUACUUCACUGAUAUUAUAAAGAUCUUGUUUUAAACUCUUAAAGCCUAAACUAAUGCGUUCGUUAUUUGAGUGAUGCAGUCAGUCUCUGUGCGGAGGGGGAUCACUCUUGUUUUCUAUUCAUCUUUAUGUCUUUCAGAAUUUGAUGAAGAGUUGUUGUCUUGUCUUUUUUGGGUGAAUUUUGCUAAAUGUUCAGGUCAUA